AAUUCAUCUCCCCUGAUCAUUUAAAACGUGACUUUUCACUCAAAAUCGUUUUUUGUCUACACGCGUUUGGAAGUUCUUUUUCCUUGCUCUUGCCAAUCACGUAACACACAAUGGGGAACCAUCUUUUCAAAGGAAGAAAAUCAAGGUCGAAGAAAAGGCCAAUGAGUUUCGUUCAUCAUCAAGCUUCACCCUCUCACACAGGGAUAAGAACAGUGAGCGUGGACAAUGCUUGUAACUUCUCCACCGAUUCAGAUCUUUGCAUCUCCAUAGUCACUUGGAAUAUGAAUGGCCAGGUUUCUUUUGAAGAUUUAGCAGAGAUGGUUGGAAGCAAUCGCAAAUUUGAUCUUCUAGUUGUUGGUUUGCAAGAAGCUCCACGGCCAGGAAAAAAGGUUGCAACCCUGCUUUCAGCAAUUUUGGAUGAAAGUCACAUCCUGAUAGGUAAAGUUAUCAUGCAAUCCUUGCAGUUGUAUCUGUUUGGGCCAAAGAAUGCAGGUUCAUUCAUUACAGAACUGAAAGUGGACAAACAAUCUUUUGGAGGCUGUGGAGGAAUGAUUGGAAGAAAGAAAGGCGCUGUAGCAAUCCGCAUCAACUACAAAGGCAUACGAGUGGUGUUCAUCUCCUGCCACCUCUCUGCUCAUGCUCGCAAUGUGGAAGAAAGAAAUUCUCAAUGCAGACACAUAUCACAUUCCCUCUUCUCAAAGAUGUGGAACCCAUAUGCUAGACCAUCCCAUGUUACUGUUUGGCUAGGAGAUCUAAACUACAGGCUUCAAGGGAUUGAUUCACACCCUGCCAGAAAUCUAAUAGAGAAAGACCUUCACCGGCGGCUGCAUGGCAAAGAUCAGCUCUUGCAAGAAGCUGGGCGAGGACAAAUUUUUGAUGGGUUCUGUGAGGGAAGAUUGUCAUUCAAGCCAACAUACAAGUAUAAUAAAGGAAGUAGCAACUAUGACACAAGUUAUAAGGUUCGAGUGCCAGCAUGGACAGAUCGCAUAUUGUUCAAGAUAGAGGACGAAAAUGAUGUGGAAGCAACCCUACAUUCGUAUGACUCCAUGGAUGAAAUAUACGGUUCUGAUCAUAAACCAGUCAAGGCCCAUCUCUGCUUAAGACAUCAUCAACUUCCAACCAAAAUCUAAUUCUAGUUGACCUAGUACAUAUAUUGAUUUGAGUCCAAGAAAAUAUAUAAUUGUUCUUCAUUUGUAAAUUGUGCACUACUUUGUCUCUGAUCAAGUUCUUUUGAAUUAACUUGAUAUUUGAGGUUCUGUUAUUCAAAAUGCAUUUUUUCAUCACUUAGCUUGUAACCAAUAUAACGAAUGAAUAUUAUAAUAGAACUUGCAGUAAUGUACAUUGUACAAUAUCAACUUUA